CCUCGAUCGCCGCUAUCGAGUAAGUAGCACCUGAUACUGUACUUCCAGGACCUCUAGUGCCGAGUUCAGGAGGCUGGGCUCUGCGCUUCAUACUGAAGCUUACUUAACGAAAUUGUUUCGAGCACACUUUAUUUCUCAAAACCAAACAAGAUGGCCUCGCCCUACCUCAACCUCAAGCCGACCGUGAGACUCGGACGCGGCAUUGUCGUUGUUCCCGUACUUCUCGCGGUUCUCUGGGCUUUUCUCGCGUUCGCCGAAAGUCAGAACCUCCGGGGCGACAAUGCGCCCCCCCCCCGCGAAAGUGUCGUUGGCACUGUCAGCGGGGGGAACAGCGACAGCACCGAAUGCCCUCACGAAAGAGGAUCGGGAUGCCUUUCGCGAGAUUUAUGAGAAGAAAAUGAGUAAGCAACAGUAUUUUAUUCAUUGAAUAGAGUCAACAUAUUUUAUUGAUGUUCAAUUAUCAAUGUGUGUUCAAUGUUUUUUUGCGAUUGCUGCUUAGUUCCUUUGUUAUGUUGAUGCGUGACCAUUUCUAUCUCAUUAAUCAAUGAAUACUUUUCUGUGUCGUGGUCGUGCUGGUGCUGUUUGUGUGGUCCUCCUUUUCGCUGUUUUGAACAAAAGUGGGUUCAAUUUGGCAAGAGCGACAUUGAAAAAUGUAUGCGUGACAUUUGUCAGGUUUGAUCGAGAGAAGCGGGCUCGGCCUCCCGACAAUCGGCUUCAUGCUGCAUGUCAUGGACCUGACCGGCGGAAAUCUGGACUUUGCCGUGCAGGUGUACAACUCGGGGGAGAUCAACGCGUUUCUCGCCCUGGAUGUCAACAAGGACCGCAAACUCGACGGCCGCGAGUGCCCCUGCUUUUUUGCGCGGAUGAAUCCAAGCGCCGCCACGACGGAGGAGGAUCCCGCCACCGGCCUGGACUUCAUCGCGUUCCGGAACGCCUGCUCGGUGCCGGCAGGGGAGGACUCCGCGUUUCUCGAGAGGAGUCAAUGGGACUGGCGCGAGCAAUCGGCGUGGGAAAGAGCCUGGCAUCGUUUUGAGAAAGGCGGCCCACUAGCGGUUUGUUUUAGCUGCUGGCCUACCUUCCAGGACACGGGCAAACCUUGGCUCCGCGGCGAGUCUAGUGGCCCGGAGAACUCCGCAGCUAGGGAGUCGGACGAGGAAAUAGUACGUGAUAAAUAUACCAAAACUUAUUUCAACUUUUUCAGUCAGUGCGGCUGCGGGUGCGGUACAGAGCUCCAUUUCGUACUCUGCAGGCCGUGUGCUCUAGCGAUAUGAAUGUCAUGUCGCCGUUGAUACUACAAAAUGGAUACCUCGAUCUUGUCAGGUAAUUGAUACCAGGUCGAGCUCUAUUUCGUCGACGUCGAGCUCGGCCUCGUCGAGUUCGGGCUCCUCGUUCUCGGGCGACGCGUAAAAAUCCGCUUCAUGAAUUUCUGAUCGACACACGACCUUUUAGAAAGUCACCUCCUGACGCAAACGCGACCGUGUGCGGACGAGACCUGAUUUUGAUCGGAAGCUGCACUAUGCAUUGCAACUAUGUCUCCGCCUGGAUCUCGUCUCUGUGAUGCUAUUUUCUACAAUAAACAGAGUCUGCAUAUAUUGCACGAAGCGGUUUGGGGAGCUUUUUCGUCGUGCUGGAGGUCGGUUUGGCAUGCGAUUUCCAAACGACUCGGCAACAAGCUUGCAAAAACUUGCCAUGCAUUUAUUAUCUGCAGCAGACCGGUUUCUCAUGCAAGAAUUAGCCAUACACACGCGCACAGGUCCGCUACUUCUACUUUCCAGACGCAGACAAAGACAUAUUUGCAGCGCAUAUGGGCGUAAGUCGCAUUCUUGCGUUUGCGAAGCAGCAGCCGUAGUACCAUCUUCCGCUUCUGCGGCACCCGCAUGAAGAUGUGCAAUCAGAAGAGGCAAUCUAAAAACUUCACUUUUAUACAACUUUCAGAAACUUUAUACAGCUUUCCAAUCUCACCUUUUAUUUUAUUUGCACACUUAUUAUUACUUUUUCAGAUUCAGUGUAUGUAGAUUCGGCUCAAGAACUGUUUUAAUUUCCGCAAAUUAGGGCGUACAAGCAGAAGCAAGCCAAAGUCGCUUAGCCGCGUCCUCUUUUUGUUUAAGCACUUAAUAAGCACUAAUUAAUAAUUUGUAUUGUUACACUGAGCAACUUCUUGUUUCUUUUGUCAAAAGUUGUACGAGGGCGCACCAAGGAGCACGCACGUACAGCAAAACGGCAAGGAGACUAGACUUCUGCAUCCGACAAGAAACCCUCUUCAUUCGAACUCCCGUACUAUUGUAUUUGAAAGAGCGUAUUUAUUGUUACGCUUACAGUUGCGCCUGAAGUAGCUUAUUGUAUUCGGAAGAGGUUCGUAACGGGGAGAGCGAGGUAGACGAGCAGGAUAGAGAAUCGCAUCUAUAUCUGUUUGCUUAUCGUGCCUUACAGAAUACCUUGCUAAGUUUACGCUUUUGCUUUUACAUCUGUCACGAAAUAAAAAUGAAAUUGUGACGCGCUGAACUACGAGUUUGCGCAAUAUUUGAUGCAAGCGUUUCUGAUCUCUUCGGUCGCCAGUCGACGCAAGGAAAAGAACGGUCGUGCACUCGACACAAACUAAAAUCCGAACGCCUGUGGGCGAUCAAGAAAAUUUCCAAAAUUUUUGAAAUAAAUGUCAUGUACUCACCGCAAAUAACUACAACGAACCAAAUACGACGUGAGCACGCCUCAAUAAAGCAGAGCCAGUGUCACAUCGACUGUGGUCGUGUGCUCGCAGUGUAAAAGCUAUACGAACGCUCCGACUUUUCUGGGUACAAUAUGUUGAAAGAGUGAUCGCGUGGCGCAGUGUGUAUCGCCGAC